GGACACAGAAGGGGCCAACACAUACUUCCUUCUCCAGCAACGCAAGGGAUCCGGCAAUGCCUCCUCACGUGGCCUUGCUGGGCUCCUCAUCGGCACACUGGAUUCCGUUUUUGACACGAAGCCACCACCUUUUCGGAUACUGCACCAGACCCCCUCUUCAGAACUCUAUUACAUUGUGGCAGUAGCACUGAAGAAGGAAGAAAUAGAUGAACACUGGGAAUGGUUGGAGAGAAACUUGAUGAGUAUCUUGGCAACCUUCGACAAAGAUGAAGACAUUACAGAUUUUGUGCGCUGCAAGGUGGAGUCCCUUGUGGCAAAUUCUACCAUUAUUGAUCCACAGAACACACCUGAUCCAGAUUCAGAGACAUUUAAGGCAGUUUCGUUCAAGUUUAAGAAACUAUUCAACAUGCCUGACGGGGAGAAGCUUGUGAAUUACUAUUCCUGCAGUUAUUGGCACAACCGCUUACCCAGACAAGGCUGGUUGUACUUGAGCGUGAACUACCUCUGUUUCUACUCCUUCCUUCUUGGCAAGGAGACUCGGGUCAUUGUGCGAUGGAGAGAUGUAACGCUGCUCGACUGCACCAAUGCCCUGAUCUUUCCCGACAGCAUUAGGGUCUCAACGAGGGAUCAUGAGCACUACUUUUCAAUGCUUUUGAGAAAGAAGGAAACCUAUGAACUGAUGGAACAGUUAGCAAACAUGGCAAUGAAACAGUUAAUAAAUGACGAAGAAUUUACAGAAGAUAAGGAUUUGUUGACUAAAGUAAGCAAAAAAGUACCAAAGAAACCAUCAUUCUUGAAAAGGGACCUGGAUGCUCGAGCUCAUUCGGACAUGUACCGUAGUAAAUUUAGAUUACCGCUGAGUGAGAAAUUAGAUGGUUCCACUACCUGUUCCCUCUGGACUCCCUACAAAAAGGUUUACGUCAGCGGAACCUUAUAUAUUUCCCUCAACUAUAUCUGCUUCGACAGCAAGAUUGCCAACCUAGUGAGUGUGGUAUGUCCUUUGCGUGAUGUGCACAGUGUAGAGCGUGUGGAUAGCGUAAAAGGAAACGCAACUGUGAAACGUGCUCUGUUCAUCUGUACAACACAGUCCAGCUCAACCAACUCCUUCCUCUUUAUUGAUGUCGGGGAUCGGGACUUUGUCAUAAACAAACUGUCUGAGAUGUUGGGCAAGAGUAUUCCCACAAAAAAUGCUCUUCCAGAUCACCUGUCCUUUGGGAGUUCUAGGGUUGGCAGUCGUUCCAACUCGGUCUGUGAUGACAGAAGUGAAGACAUCAGUCUCAGCAGUCUGAGUUUAGGCAGUACAGCUGACAGCAACACCACUCUGGUGUCAGAAACUCCUGAAGCAGAGACUACAACCCUGCCCCUGAGAGCUCUUUGUCCUAUCCUUGAUGAGGAUGUAGAAGAGGAGGAAAGAGUGAGAAGAAAAGAGCACAUCUGGGAGAGACACUGGGGAGAGUAUGGCAGAGGGGUCACCAUGUACAGGACAGUAGAAACAGCACGUCUUGUCCUGGAGGGUCUUCCGGACUCUGUGCGGCCUGAAAUAUGGAUGGUGUUUUCUGGUGCUAUCAACGAAUUGACAACCAAUGUAGGAAGUUAUGAACAGGCUGUGGUAGCAGGGCUGAAGAGAGGGGGUCCUGCUAAUGAUGAAAUUGAGAGGGACCUACACCGUUCCCUUCCGGAGCACCCUGCUUUCCAAAGUGAAAUGGGGAUAUCAGCACUAAGACGAGUUCUCUGUGCUUAUGCCUGGAGGAAUCCUGCUAUUGGUUACUGCCAGGCAAUGAACAUUGUUGCAUCAGUGCUCCUUGUGUACUGCAAUGAAGAGGAGUCCUUCUGGCUCUUAGCAGCACUCAGUGAACGCCUUCUUCCCGACUAUUACAACACCAGGGUAGUUGGGGCUCUAGUUGAUCAGGGGGUGCUUGAGGACCUUAUUCUGGACCAUUUGCCCGGCCUUCACGAUAAGCUGACUGAAUUGGGCAUCAUUUCUCUGAUCUCCCUCUCUUGGUUCCUUACUCUCUUCCUCAGUGUUAUGCCAUUUGAAGCAGCUGUUCAUGUGGUCGAUUGCUUUUUCUAUGAUGGUGCACGCGUUGUAUUUAUGGUCGCUCUUGCCAUCUUGGAAGCAAACAAAGAGACACUAGAGAAAUGUGGUGAUGAGGGGGAAGCCAUGAUGGUCCUGUCUGAUUACCUCGGUUCCAUUACAAGUCCUGAAGCUCGUUAUGCCAAGCGGAGAUCGAGCGUAUCAGGAGACAAGCAGGCUGAUUCACCAGAUAAAUUGGUCAACAUCACAGAAAUUAUUGAAGCCGCCUACACCGGUUAUGGCUUCAUCACCAAUGUAGCCAUCGAAAGGCUCCGUGUGAAGCACAGGUUGCGUGUAGUGCAGACGUUGGAGGACACGGUAAUGAGGAAUACCCUUCGCACAGUGGGACCAGAUUGUAUGCUAGGGGAAGAAGAUCUCAAGGAAUUAGUGGUAUAUGUACGAAGUGAACAAAUUCUAGGCGGAGAUGACAAGGAAAUCCGUCAGCGGAAUAAUUCAGGAAAUCCGCUAAAUCAAGAGGGAUAUGCCUUAGGCUAUGAAACAUUCCGACAGCUAUUUUUGGCAGUCUCUCCCUGGGGACAGGGUGAUCGGGCAGAGAGUUUAACAACAAGCAUGUUUAACAUGUUAGAUGUUGACGGAUCCCACGUCCUUAGUUUUCGCUCUGUGGCCUGGCUCUUCGGUGUCCUGUGUGGCAGAGACUUUGCCCGAAAGCUGCGAUUAUUCUACUACCUGCAUUUAGCCUUCCCUCCAAGCUUAGAUGAAGUUGAUAGGCCAAGAAAACCUGAUGAAGUAGUGGAAGAAGCAGCGGUGGAGGCUGAGGAGUAUUUCGACUUCAUGGACGAGUGCCCAAAGAAGGGGAAAGUUGACCUGGAGGUACCCGAUGACACGGAUUCCCACACAACAGAGACUUCACCUAAGCAGGAAUACUGCGAUGCCUUGACAGGUCUGGCAACAAUACACAACCGUGACUACCGCAUGUAUGAGCAGCGCUUUUUACCAACCAUGAACCAAGAACAGUUCAUCAACAUGUGGCGAUCUGUGUACAGCUUCUUUGCACUCGAGACCAACCAAGACAUAUUCACUUCACUGUCAAGAGUUGGUACACUGUUGCUGCAGAUUGGGGAAGUCGGGCGGAAAGUGAGAGAGUCGUCAUCGAAGUCCAACAGUGGAAAUGCAAGUGAUGUAGGAGAAAUGGCAUCGGGAAGUGACACAGAACUUGACAAAACUAGUGGAAUAGUGUCAGACAUGUCAGCUGCAACCACUGUAGAGGGAGAGUCAUGGUGUUCACAGCAGACCAACAAAGAGGUCUCUCAUGGCUCUGACAAGUGUUCAAGUAGCACCAUAGACACACCAGAGGAACCCCAGAAGAGUUCAGGGGCUGAUGUAGAAGGAUCCCUCAGUGAUACAAAACAAGAAGAGGUUCAGGAGAAGGAGGCACAGGACAAGACAGCUAAGGAAGGUGGACACUCUCCUGACAACUGUGAUGAUUCUGGCCAGUCCAGCCGGCACUCCUCCCUCUCGCAGCCUUCCCAUCAAGAGUGGAGUAUAUCCUUCGAACAGUUCCUGGCCAACAUUGCCAAUGAGGAGAGACUAGUGUCCUUCUUUGAGAAACCUGUCGAUUUAGCGCAAGAGGUACAAAAGUUAAGAAAAAGACAGGCGCUCAGCACCAAUGGCAUGAUUGGCUCAUUGGCAACAUCACCGUUGUAGAAUUUUGUUUUCCAUAGUCAUAUAAAUUAUAUUUAGAGUACUUGUAUAUGUAUAGUCUAUAAUGUUGUGAUUCAAGAUAAAUGUCUUUCUCAUGCUGAUCUGUAUAAGCAUUUUCUUUAGAAUGUACUGAUGAUGUGAUAUAGUUAAUCCCCGUGAAUUAAUAAAGCAGAUGAUAAAUUGUGACACACUGAAAGCAGUGUUUGUAUGUGAGUAUUAACCAUCUAUAUCAGUAAAACUUUUAGAUCACAUGGAAGAGAAGCUUUCAGUUUUAUUAGUUGACUGAAACUGCACAUGACAAAUUGUAAUAAAGUUACUUUAAUUAAUUUCAGCUGGGUUCUACAAUGUAUGUUUGUCUUUGCCAUAUGUAUUCUUUGGUUGCAGUAUUCUGAAAUGAUUUCAGGUAAUGCCAUGUAUUUAUCUGUAAGAUAUUAUGGGGCAUUCAGUUUUCUUUUUAUAUGAUAUUGGUGGUUUUAAAGAAUUUCAUUUAUUGUUAAGUGUGUAUGUAAUGUUAGAAUUAAUUUUAAUGCAUUUUUUUCUCUUUUAUAGAGGUUAGGUGCAAUGGCAAACCUAAAUGGCUUGGGUUUGCUAGAUUUUGGUUUCCUCUUUUUUUGUAAUUGAGCAUACUAUUGCCAUAUCAUAUGUCGAGUCUGUUUUAAAGAUGGCUUUUUGACUAUCCAAAUGGUAACUAAUCCGAAUCACUAAGGAAGGCAAUGCCGUUCACCACACUUCAUUAGUGCAUGUGGCCUUAGUUACACUAGACCCAGAUAUGGACUUAGACAUAAAAUCAGACAGACAUGCAGACAGGUAGGGAAACAGACAGACAGACAAACAAACAAAACAGACAGAUAGAGAAGCAGAUGGAUAGACAAAAGACUAAAAAUAGAUCAUGAUUUAGAAAAGAAAAGAAAAAUUGUCAUGGGAACUUGUUUGGUGCCGUGAUUUGGAAACAUAACUGAUCAUUGUAUUCUGUGAGUUAUAUGUAUUUUUAAUAAGCAAAUUAAAAGCUAAAAAUCUGAAAAAAAAUGUAUGUGUAUGAACUUUAUACAGAAAAGGUAUUUUUUUGUAGUAUGAAAUUUGCCAUGACAUGAAGAUUUUCUGCUUAUGGGGAAAUAUCAGUUUUGAGAUUAGUUUUUAUUAAAAAGCAUUUUACUUUGCCGGAGUCAGACUUCAUGAUUUUUCAUGUAUUAUGUAGAAUAUAUGAAAAGGAAAGAAAUUGGCCCUAUGUAGGGUGGAUGAACUCUGAUGUGCUACUAAAUAAACCAAGCAAAGCAGGGAACAACAAAAUUCUUGUGGAGGUCAGUGCAACUCAAGCAAGUUGGGUGAAUUUAAUACGGUGCUUGUGGCAUGCAUCCUUCUGGAACACUGGGUACUCUGACUUGUGUCUGUGGUGGCCUGUCUCCCUGAAAAAAGAGGAUAUUUUCAAGAUAAAUCGGAAGACAGGCGCUUGUUUCAGUUAAUGACCUUCAUCUGUGAUAGUAGCUCUCUCGUAACAAAAUUUUUGAAUCUUCAUUGAAAGCUAACGCUAAGUUUCCAACCAUUUUGCAAAUUUUGAAGUGAAUAUAAAAGGGAUAGUUCAUAGCUAGGUUUUGCAUUACAGUCAUGCCCUUGAUCAUAUAUAAACAUUCCCCAAAAUUGACAGGAAAGGAAAAAAGUGGAGGGCAAUUAUUAUUAUUAGUUUUUUUUUAUACAUAUUACAUUGAGUUUACUCCAGCUUUUUUAGUAAACAUUGGGUUUAAUAAGAAAUUAUAUGCAGUAUAAUUUUAGAGUUUACUAAACUAUAAAGACAACUUUAUAUGUCCUUAAUGAAAGAGCAAAAUUUUCAUUAGAAAAAGGUAAUUUAGUUAUGCUGAUGUUCAUGUUUAAGAAUCACAAUGCUUGCAUACUUACCCAAUCCACUGUGGUUUUAGUUUAUUAAUUUUGAUUGCAGAUGCAUGGCUUCAGAAAAGUUUUUUUCACCAAAUGAUCAAUUACUAGGCUUGAUUGUUUACCUCAUUCUUGAUUUAUUAAAUAAUAAUGAUAACAGUACCAUUGUUGAUAAUGAUAUUAAUAGUAUUAGAGGAAAAUUAGUUUUUCACAAGAAAUCAAGGAAUGGAAUAAAUAGGUGAGAUCAAGCAGGUUUAGUAAUUGACUUCUUGGUGAUUAAGUGCUUGUCAUAAAUGUGUAAACAAAAUAAUUAACACAAAACUACUAUGAGCACUACAUGUAUCUAGCACUAAUGGUGAUUAUGAAUUUUCGAAUUGCUGUCUGAUGAUCUCAUGAUAAAUUAGUUUUGGGUCAUUAUGCUCCAGAUUUCAUAGUUAGAUUGAAAAAAUCAUGCUAGAGGAACAUCAGUAAAAUGGAAAAAAAGCAGAAUGUGGAAGAGGAAUCAUCUGUUGUACUAAAAAUAGAUUUCUUGGUACCUUAUACAGUGAAGCACCAUCAAAUAAUCUCUUUUAACACAAGCACAGCUCUGCACUAGAAUGCAAAGUAGGCUUAGAAGCAAGCUGAUGUGGUGAUCUAGGUAGAGAGAGGCAAUAUUUUCCAACUGUGUAAUCUUUGGUUCACUUGCCUAAUAUUAUUGUUUAUUUGUGGGUAGAGGUAUAUUUAUUUAGACCAUGUACCUUCUGUGAAAUAUGGAGACAGGAUUACAGAACUGACCUCAACAUACGUCAGUGUUCCUAUCUUAAACGUGGUAUUUGCUCCUGAUCAACUUUAUGAUGUGCUCAAAAAGUUGACGGGCAAGUUCUGCCAAGUACGUGAAUGAAUCUUGUAUUGUAUAAUUGUGUUGCUAGUGUUUAUUAAAGCCUCUUGACUUAAAUAUUUCGGACAUGAUGCUGACAGUUUGACAAUGGGCCUAGAAAGAUUUGGGGAUGAUAUUUAAAAUGAUUUUCUUUUCAUCCAAUACUGGAUUUUAUACAUAUGAAGUAUAAGCAAACAAGAUGACAUUCAUUAAGAUUCAGCAUAUUACUCAAAGGGAAUAAGUAUAAUGAAAAUAACACUUUAUUUUAUAUUUAAUACAUGUAGGACAACUGAGGUGGCUUAGCUCAGUGGUAGAGCACUGGCUUUGCAAUCACAUGGUCCUGGGUUCGAGCCUGGUUGCCCCUCUCAAUCGACUCAGCUGUGAAUGAGCACUGGUAUGCUGACGUCAGCAUGCUAGGAUCAAAGUCGGGGCGGAAAGGAACUGGCCACCCUACCGCAUCAUCCUGCGGCUUAGUAAGCAUGGUUCUCUGCAAAACAUGUCCCUUACGUCCAGAUGGAUAUAGGACCAACUUUGACUUUGAGGACAACUGAACCCUCCCAGAUAGGCAAAUGCUGCAGAAGAAUACUUAUUUUCUGUCUCAUUAUGUCUAGUAUAUGAGUUAGAUAUAUUCUGAUAUAUAAAUGCAUAUAUUUUUUAGUAAUAAUGAGUUAAUAAUGUUCAAAAAGUUUUACUGUGGUGCUCAUCAGAUCAUUUUGAAAACUUGAUUGCAAUUAAUUGUGCUUUAUAUUACAUUCAUACACUUAUAAGUUAUGUAAAUGGAUUUGUAGCAAGUGAAUGAUGAAUUCAGAAAUUAUAUUUGCCGUCUAUGCAGAAAAGAAAAAAAUUAUGGUUGUGAUUAUACAUUGACAAACAACUACUGCAAGAUCCUUUGUGUUGUGAAGAAAUUUAUUUACAUAUAUAUACAGACAUCUUUAUUAGAUAUCAUGUUUAUAACUUGCAUGCCUUGAAAAUGGGAAAAGGAAUAUGGAUAAUAUCAUAGUGCUUAAGCAAAUGUCAUGUGCCACAGAAUGCAGUUUACAAAUAACUCUGGUAUUUCAUAGUUGUACAGUUUCGUGAACUCUUUUCUCCAUGUCAUUGAAAAGAGAGUUUUGGCUGUUUUUUUUUUUUUUUUUUUUACUUUCAUACACUUUGAGUUUUUGGCCAAAUUAUGUUAUACAGUUGUAUUUCAUUUUAUUCACUUAUAAUAUUUUAAAAGUAAAGUAUUCUACAAUUGUAAUGAU